AUGCCUACGGUACCUACCCGAGGCGGUCCUUCGAGGGCGCAAGCUACGUACACGGGGGGAAAGGUCUUGCCUUAUCAAAAGAAAGGUCAGGCUGUUCGUGGCGCUUCUGGGAAGACGGUCCUUAGUGGUCGUCGCCAUCGACGUCUAGCGCGCCGAGGAGGUGUGAAGCGUAUUUCCGCUGACAUCUAUGAUGAGGUCCGAGCUGCAGCCAAGUCACGGCUUGAACAGAAACGCCAAAACCGUGACCGUUCACGAUGUGAGUUUCUUGCACUGGCUGCCACAGUUAAAGAGCACCCACUGACAUACGAACAGGUCAUUCACAGUCUCUCCAGGUUCGGCCGACCCAUUUAUGGGUUUGACCCAGACACAUACGAUGGCCAGAACAAACCCAAGGCCUAA